UUCCCUACCGCCAUAGGGUCUGCGUCUCCCAAACUCUUAUCCAAAACCCAACAGUACAACAAGCUAGAUUUUUUUCAUGGCGCCAGUUGCGAGCAGAACUCUUGGAGCUGCGGAAGCUCUUAAAUUCCCACCUUUGACCUCAAACUUCAGUACCCGCAGAGCCGUAGGGUUCCAAAGCUCGUUUCUUUCUCAAUCUCUUCUAAGUGGAAAAGGGUUUACGACCGCCGGAUUGAGGUGGAAUCUUAGGAGGAAGCGAGAUGGAAGUUUGUCUGUUCGAUGUGAUGCGGCGGUUGCAGAGAAGGAGAAACCUGAGGUGGUUGACGGGGAAAAGUACGAGUACCAGGCUGAGGUUAGCCGCUUACUUGACUUAAUUGUUCAUAGCUUAUACAGCCAUAAAGAAGUGUUUCUUCGAGAGCUUGUAAGUAACGCAAGUGAUGCUUUGGACAAGUUAAGAUUUCUCAGUGUGACUGAUCCUUCUCUGCUUGCCGACGGCUCCGAAUUGGAAAUUCGAAUCAAGCCUGAUCCGGAUAACGGGACUAUAACGAUCACAGAUACUGGUAUUGGAAUGACGAAGGAGGAGCUGAUUGACUGCCUUGGAACUAUUGCUCAGAGUGGAACUUCCAAAUUCUUGAAAGCAUUGAAGGAUAAUAAGGAUCUCGGAGCAGAUAAUGGUUUGAUUGGUCAAUUUGGUGUUGGUUUCUAUUCUGCUUUCCUUGUUGCAGAAAAGGUUGUUGUGUCGACCAAGAGUCCGAAAUCCGAUAAGCAAUAUGUGUGGGAAGCAGUAGCUGACAGUAGCUCAUAUGUGAUUAAGGAAGAAACUGAUUCUGAAAAUUUACUGCGUCGUGGAACUCAGAUCACACUUUAUUUAAGGGAAGAUGACAAGUUUGAAUUUGCUGAUCCCUCAAGGAUCCAGAACUUGGUAAAGAACUAUUCUCAGUUUGUAGCCUUUCCCAUCUACACAUGGCAAGAGAAAUCGAGGACUGUAGAGGUGGAGGAGGAAGAGGAAAAAAAGGAGGGUGAGGAGGCUAAACCAGAGGGUGAAAAGAAGAAGAAAUCUGUAACUGAAAAAUACUGGGAUUGGGAAUUGGCAAAUGAGACUAAGCCCAUCUGGAUGCGAAAUCCCAAGGAAGUUGAGAAAGAGGAAUAUAAUGAGUUCUAUAAGAAGACAUUUAAUGAGUUUUUGGAUCCACUAGCUCAUACUCACUUCACAACAGAGGGAGAGGUGGAAUUUAGAAGCAUUCUUUAUGUUCCUGGAAUGGCGCCUCUUAACAAUGAGGAUAUAGUAAAUCCCAAGUCGAAGAAUAUCCGCUUGUAUGUGAAACGAGUGUUCAUCUCUGAUGAUUUUGAUGGUGAGCUGUUCCCACGAUAUCUAAGCUUUGUGAAGGGUGUUGUAGAUUCCAAUGACCUUCCACUCAAUGUUUCUCGUGAGAUCCUUCAAGAAAGUAGAAUUGUAAGAAUCAUGCGAAAGAGGCUUGUUCGGAAAACGUUUGAUAUGAUUCAGGAAAUAUCUGAAAGUGAAAACAAAGAGGAUUAUAAAAAGUUCUGGGAAAACUUUGGCAAGCUUAUUAAGUUAGGUUGCAUUGAAGAUUCUGGAAACCACAAGAGACUCGGUCCUCUUCUGCGCUUCUAUUCUUCCAAGAGUGAAGAGGAUUUAAUAAGCUUAGAUCAAUAUGUUGAAAACAUGGCUGAGAACCAGAAAGCUAUCUAUUACCUGGCAUCAGAUAGCCUUAAGAGUGCUAAAAGUGCCCCAUUCUUGGAGAAACUGGUCCAAAAGGAUAUAGAGGUAGUAUAUCUGGUUGAACCAAUUGAUGAGGUUGCUAUUCAGAACCUGCAAACUUAUAAAGAGAAGAAAUUUGUGGAUAUCAGUAAGGAAGAUCUUGAAUUGGGUGAUGAAGAUGAAGUAAAAGAAAGAGAGAACAUGCAGGAGUACAAUCUCCUUUGUGACUGGUUAAAGCAGCAGCUUGGUGAUAAGGUUGCCAAGGUUCAAGUAUCAAAGAGGCUUAGCUCCUCUCCUUGUGUGCUGGUUUCUGGCAAAUUUGGAUGGUCUGCCAAUAUGGAAAGGCUCAUGAAAGCCCAAACUCUUGGAGACACAUCAAGCUUGGAGUUCAUGAGAGGUAGGAGAAUAUUAGAGAUUAAUCCUGAUCAUCCUAUCAUCAAGGACUUGAGUGCUGCUUGUAAGCAUGAUCCUAACAACUCAGAAGCUAAGAGAGCUGUUGAUCUUUUAUAUGAUACAGCUUUGAUUUCUAGUGGAUUCACUCCUGAUAGUCCCGCAGAGUUGGGAAACAAAAUUUAUGAGAUGAUGGCGAUUGCUCUCGGCGGUCGGUGGGGCCGAUCAGAUUCCGAGUUAGCUGAAUAUGAUGAUGAAGCUGAUGAUAAGGAAGAUGGCUCAUCUGAGGAUGAGUUUGCAGAGCCUACAGAAGCUGAAGUUGUUGAGCCUUCAGAGGUCAGGGAUGAAAGUGAUCCAUGGAAGGAUUAGAUUUUUGAAAGAAUUGAUCUUUGAGAUGCUUUGUUCCUUGGUGAAGGUACUGAGCAAGAGAGCUAUUUAUAUUAAGGGAUCAAGAGGGCUAGAAGUAGGCAUUGUAGAAGGAAGUUGGGAAAAAAAAAAAGUAAGGCUAAUAACAAUGGAAACAUUUCUUUCUUCAGCUUUUAUUAUAUUAUUAUUGAGUAAUGUUCGGCUUUAAACUUAGCAAAUAUUGAAUUUGUUUAUGAAAUUCGAUUUAUUGAGCUCAA